AAGAAGCUUAAAACAACUUCAAAAUAAAGUAGAAACGCGCAAGAAAACUUGAAGGACAUAUAAAUGUGGGUUUAACUUCUCAGCUUGGACGUACAAUGACACGGUCACCUGGCUCUCGCAUGUUGGAUUCGUUGCGCAUGCAUGAUCUGCCUGCUGUGGGAAUUUAAGACACCCCGAAUAACCCAGUCGCCUUGGACAUCCAGGAACCAUUCAGGGAGCAAAUACCCGCUAUUUUCACUGGAACGCAAAAGCACUAAAGCACCAUUACCACCAUGGAUGAGGGUCAGUGUUACUACAAUGAGACCAUCGCCUUCUUCUACAACCGCAGCGAUAAACCCCUUGCUAGUGACUGGAAUACCGUCAGCAGUCUCGUGAUGGGCCUGGGCAUCACUGUGUGCAUCUUCAUCAUGCUCGCCAACCUUCUGGUAAUGGUCGCCAUCUACGUCAACAGGAGAUUUCACUUCCCUAUCUACUACCUGAUGGCCAACCUGGCAGCUGCUGACUUCUUCGCUGGAUUGGCGUACUUCUACUUGAUGUUUAACACAGGCCCAAACACCAAGCAUCUGACUGUGUCGACGUGGCUGCUGCGGCAGGGCUUGAUCGACACGAGCCUGACGGCGUCCGUGGCCAAYCUGCUGGCCAUCGCCAUCGAGCGCCACAUCACGGUCUUCCGGAUGCAGCUGCACACGCGCAUGAGCAACMGGCGUGUGGUGGUGGUGAUCGUCAUCAUCUGGACCAUGUCCAUAGUCAUGGGGGCGAUUCCCAGCUUGGGGUGGAACUGUAUCUGUAGCCUCAAAUCCUGYUCCAACAUGGCUCCCCUUUAUAGCAACUCCUACCUGGUCUUCUGGGCGGUGUUUAACCUGGUGACUUUUGUGGUCAUGGUCACGCUGUACGCCCACAUUUUUGUCUACGUACGGCAGAGGACCAUGCGGAUGUCGCGGCACAGUUCUGGACAAAGACGCAACAGAGAUACAAUGAUGUCGCUGCUGAAAACUGUGGCCAUCGUGUUGGGUGCCUUCAUCAUCUGUUGGACUCCGGGCUUGGUCAUCCUACUCCUCGACGUCUUCUGCUCCCACUGCAACGUUCUGACCUACGAAAAGUUCUUCCUUCUCAUCGCCGAGUUCAACUCAGCCAUGAAUCCCAUCAUCUACUCCUACCGUGACAAGGAGAUGAGCGCCACCUUUAGGCAGAUCUUGUGCUGCCAGAGGCAGGAGAACGUAAACGGGAUAGCGGCAGACGGAUCGGACCGGUCUGCGUCUUCCAUCAACCAUACGGUGCUGGGUGCUGGUGGGAUGCAUCAGCACCAUCACCACAACAAUGAACACUCAGUCGUAUAAGAAAAACAGUACAAUAAAGCUACAUUUUGAAGAUAAUAACUUUAAAAAAGAUACAUGGUAAAAAGGGAUUGGGAGCAUGACGUCGACCAAGGACUGUGGUGUAAAAUUGUGAAAAAAAAAAGAAAAAAGAUAUAAUGACGAGGAUGGUGAACGUAAUGAAGAGGAAGGCGACUACGAUGGAAGAUGAAGACUUCAUCUUUUUAAAAAGAGGAGUUUGAAUUUGGAGUACUCUGACAGGCCAAUAGUAUUUGUGUUUAAUUUGAAUAUUGUUGUCCUUUUUGUGUUAAAURUAUUUUUACAAGCAAAGAUGAUAUGAAAUAUUUAAGCAAUCUGUGAAAUGAAGGUAAUGCCAGUAUGACCAUGUUCUGUCUCCAUUUCAGUCGGGCUAAAUGUGUAACUACUCUGCUUGUUCUGUGUCAUCYACACAAAAGUCAUGACUUCUUUUCAAGCACUGGUCAUCGACUUAAGAGACACUUAUUUUAAUCGGUUCAACUCUGGUUUAUUCUCACAGACCAAACAGAGGUGACCAUGUGCUGCAUCAACUCAAAUUUAUACCCCUCUUGUUCCAUUUUGCUACUUUUUUCACACACAAAGUCUGUGUGUAACAAAGGCAUUUCAAGCCUGGCUCGACAGUGUUAUGUAAAGAAAUAAUAAGAGAAUAGCAAAAAAGUGCUUUAUAAGCAAAAUGUAUGCAAAUACAUCCCGGCACACACUUUAUUCCUCAUAAAUCUGAACACUCGCCUGCCAAGUCCUCACAACCAUUAUGAUUGUAAUGCAGUUACAGACUACCAUAAGAAAUGUCCCCAUAAACAAAAGGUACUUUGUGCGAUCGAUUGAAAGUCACUGCUGCCUUACACUGUGUGCGCUGGACUUCUGCACAAACUGGGCCCAAAUAAUCACCCGGACAACAACCAAGCUGAUAAAUGGUGAAACCCUUUUUUUUAUUCCAACAGUUUUCUAUGAAGUAUUCAGCGAUAUUUGGAUUAUAGACUGAACAAAACAGGAACAGCAAGAAUGUCUGCUUGAUGCUGUAUUCUGCCUUAAAACCAUGAAGAACUGAUGAAAUAUCUAAGUUCAAAUGUCUGUGUUCAGAAGGAGCCACUGGUCCUAAAGGGUUGAUGAAAAGGACAGAUCAGGAAGGACAGAUUAAAAUUAGGUUAAAUGUUUUUUGUUUUUUUUUGCUUAUAACUCUGCACUGCUUUCUAAGGACACACACAAAGUUAAAACUGCCCAGGGUUCGUGUUUGUCAUGAUAUGAAGUUUUAUAAAUAUGAAGUAUUUUAUUUUAUUUUAUUUUGUUUUAUUUUAUUUUACUACAUUUUACCUUGUCAUCUUUGAUUUCUUUAGUAAUAGUUGAAGCAUUGUGGUCAUGGUAUCCUAAUAAUUUGUGGAUUUCUUUUUUCAACUACAAUACUGUUAAAAAAGUUUUAAACCAACUCCAUAUUGUUCACACUGCUUUCAUGAAUCCAACUAUUCCAUUGAAACACUGACUAUUUUCUCAGUCCAGCCCUUGAACCCGACCAUGACAGAAUGUGGUGCAGUGUGUCACUAAGAGGUGGACAUAAGAGAAAAAGUCAGGCCACAAAAAUUUGAAAUAUACCAAAAAAUUAUCAUGUAUUUUAAAAAUUAAGCUAAAGUUCCAAUAUAGACUUGACACAGAAUUUCAGAAUUUUAUCAUCUUGAACAGGGGGGUCUCAAACGUUUUGGGUCUGGGGACCCCUUAUAAGGGUSAAAAUUUUCCAGGGACCCACUCAUAAACCACAUGCUGUUUUAAAAGUUUAACCCCUAAAUUCCAUGGGAAUAUGAAAACAUAUAUUUUUUUCUUUGUUUCAGUAUGUCUGUUUUACUGGUGCAUUGAUUGUUCCCCAUGUAUAUGCACUUAAAAAAUCAACAAUUUAUUUAGGACCCCCGAAAUACAGCUUGUGGACCCCUGGGGGUCCUGGGACCCUAACUUGAGAACCUCUGAUCUAAAAGACACGUAAAUUUCCAAGAACAUUUAGAAACUUGGAAGUAAAAUAUAAACGAAAGCUGUCUCGGGACUUUUGCACAGUGCUGUGUGUUCUGUCUGUUUUAGUGCUUUUUUAAAAAUCUCUACUCCAUUUUUUUUACAAUGUAAAAAGAAAACAGAUAUCUCAAAAAUAUAAUCACUGUCUAACUUUCACAUUCUUUUUUCCAGAACAAACUUUGGUGUAUGGCUUUUGGGCUCUGCCCAAAUGUUUGACAUUCACUGUAACCCUUUAUUCUGUCUAAGGAUUGAUUCAGGUUAUCACAGCAAAACAAUGAAAUGUUGUACUUUUUCAUUUACUUUUUGUUUAGCAGCAUGUCACUCCUUGUAUACCAUUGUAAGUAUUUGUGUACAGUAUGUGUAUAUAAAAUGUAUUCAAGUUAAUCGCCAAAGGGAAAAGUCUUCGUUGUCUUUAAACUAAAUGUUAAAUGUUGUCCAAAUGUACUGUAGGAUUGUGUUGAUGACUCUUAUGUCAUGUGUGUUGUUUCUUUCUAAUGCAUGAGUUAUCUGGAGACACCAUAACACUUCUAAUCAUGCUCAUGACCCUAAAGCAGUACCACUUGGAAGAGUAACCCAACACCUGACUAAAAGGCAGUUCUUCCCUCUGGAUGAAACUAUUGUUUCACCUCCAAACACAUCCAGCAGCGUUCACACGUAACUGCAUCCAACAGUGGAGCCACACAGCAGUGAGGGGAGAUGUGAAAUAAAACCACUGGAGAUGAGCAAAAGCAACAAGUGGUGUUAAUUUACCUUUAAAGCAUGCGUGUUGCUACAUACAUACAUUUGUCUUACUGUAACACAAAGAUURAUGUCUUGCAGCGUAACACAAUAACUCAUUUAUUUUAUAAGCGAUUCCAAAACUGUCAUCUCGUCGGUGACUUGCUUUAUUUUUUCAGUUUUGCCACAAUAUCUUUCCAGACUGGUGCCUUCUGAUUUUUUUUUUUAUAAAUAUAUUCUGACUGCUUUGUAUUUUGUCUCAGUGGUGAAUUUGGUGUUUAUUGUGGCUUAAACAAAAAUGUAAAGAAAAAAAAUUGUCAUUGUUUAAUCAUUAAACUCUGUGCAAACCAAA